AUGAGCUCGCAAUUCAACUUCAUAGUAAACUUGACCGACCCGGUCUUUCGUGGACGAUACCAUGGCAAGCGCAAGCAUGACGAUGACUUCUCGUCCAUGCUCGAGCGAGCUCGAGCAGCUGGUGUUCGAGGUUUGAUCAUCACCGGCGGCAGUUUGCACGAAUCGCAGGAAGCCUUGGAUCUCGCGCGAGCGCAUGGCUUGCAUGCCACCGUGGGCUGUCACCCGACACGGUCGGCAGAGUUCGAUAAAUAUAAGGCCGGUCCCGAGGGCUACCUGAAGGCGCUCGACGAGGUUCUGUCACAGAAUACUAAGGGUAAAGGUCCUGCUGUCGCCGUAGGAGAAUGUGGUUUGGACUACGACCGCCUGCACUUCGCGUCCCAGGAAGUUCAGCAGAAGCAUUUCCGAUCCCAGCUGUCCCUCGCCAAGAAGCACGAGCUGCCGCUGUUCUUGCACUCGAGGGCUGCGCACGCCGAUUUCGUUCGGAUUCUUCGCGAUGAAGGGUUUGGCGAGGAUGGCGGAAUUGCAGCGGGCGCCAGAGGAGGCGUGGUCCACAGCUUUACCGGCACCGAGCAAGAGGCGAAAGAGUUGAUGGAUAUGGGAUUUCACAUCGGUAUCAAUGGCUGCUCGCUGAAGACCGAGGCAAACCUGAAGGUCGCAAAAUCUGUACCACUCGAUAAGCUCAUGCUGGAGACAGAUGCCCCUUGGUGCAGUUGCACAUCCAGUCACGCCUCGAAAGGGCUUCUGGACACUCUUCCGACUGACCUACGCGACCUAUACCUACCCGCUGCUACCAAGCCGGAGAAAUUCCAAGCUGGCAAGCCAGUGAAAGGGAGGAACGAACCAACCGCCAUCGGCGCGGUCGCUUGGGUGCUAUGCCAGCUGCACAAUGUGACCAUGCAGGAGCUCAGCGAGCAGGUCUGGCAAAACACCAUCAAGGUCUUCGACUUGCAAGGCCUGUAG